UACCCCGACCCGUCUUAUUUUAUGCCAGAGAGAUUCAUAGACGUCGACAGCGCAUUGACGGAUGAUGACCCUGUGGAAUACAUUUUCGGCUUAGGUCGGUGUGGAUGCCUGGGCCGGUUUACUGCUGAUUCCUCAGCAUGGUCUGCUAUUGUGACCAUGUUGGCUACAGUAGACUUUUCUCUUGCCAAAGAUGACAAGGGCAAAGUGAUUGACUUCACUCCCCAAUUCACAAUGGGACUCACUCAGUAUUUGAUUUCUUAG